UUCCUCUCUAGUCUCCAUCCCUUUUCUUCCCCCUCCCCUCCCCCUCUCCCAUCCUUUCGCUCUUCUUUCCCGGGGCUUUGGAACGUGGUGAAUUGUUUGGAACUUGGGGACCCUCACUGCUGGCCCAUGGCUGUGAUCGCUUCUGAACGUGGCCGGGCACUACCCACAGCCCCGGAGCAGGAGUUCAGCACCGAGGGGUUACCCCGAGCCUUCCUGCAGAGCCUGCGCACCCUCUUCGACAUUCUGGACGAUCGACGACGGGGAUACGUCCACCUCUUGGAGAUUGAGUCCCGGUGGCAAGGCGCGGACACGAGAGAACUUCCAAGGGGUGUCCUGGAAGGACUGAGGAAGGUUGCCCCAGCCAGCGGAUACCUGACCUUCGAGAGGUUUGUAACAGGGCUGAGAACUUCUCUGUUGAGUGCUGAAAAUGGGGCCCCUCACGCCAGAGCCCCGUCGGGGUCACGGGGCCAGGCGUCCCAAGCCAAACUGCUUCCCACGGGUCCCGGGACUUGCAAGGCUAGUGUGGGCCAGGGCCGAGGCAAACUGGCCCUUGAGAAGCACCACCAGCGGCUCAUCUUCGCACCAGCAGACGAGCCCCGGACGCUGCUGGAGAAGAAACCUUUGUCCCUGGGAGCUCGUUACCCCCACGCGGGAUCGAGCUGCUCCUCCCGGAGUCUGGAGAAACUCCCCAGCCCUCAGGAAGCUGGGUGUUACCCCGGGGAUUUGGAACGGCCCAAGAGCCAGGCUCUUCAGAGCCCUGGAGGACUGGUCCUGGAGCGAAGUCUGAGUGGAGAUGCAGGCACUGAUGUCUGGACUAUGGGACGAUGCCUUAGUGAAAAUUGUACUGCCGGCGGCUCUGGGAAGCAUCCAAGGGGCCGAGGGGAGCAGCGGCGGCAUACUAUCACCAAUGGAGUGGACUAUGACAUGCUAAAGCAGAUGAAGGAGCUGGAACAAGAGAAGGAUGCACUUCUACAGGGGCUGGAGAUGAUGGAUAGAGGAAGGGACUGGUAUCACCAACAACUCCAGUGGGUGCAGGAACGACAGCGCCACCUGACCAAGAACAAGAAGAGCACAGAUUUUGGGGCUGAGGGGAGCCCCAGUCCACUGGGUCAGCUGUUGCCCAAACUGCAAGAAGUUAUUCGUUGCCUGGGGGAGCUCUUAGCUGCUGCCUGUGCCGGAAGGGUCCAGGCUGUCCCCAGCCCUUGCUCUGCCCCCCCCACAGUAUCCCCUCUUUCUGGGAGACAUCAACAGACCAUACUGAUGCUGAAGGAACAAAACCGUCUCCUAACAAAGGAGGUAACAGAUAAGAGUGAGAAGAUCACACAGCUGGAGCAAGAAAAGUCGGCCCUGAUCAAGCAGCUCUUUGAAGCUCGAGCUCGAAGCCAUCAGGAAGCCAGCCAGCUGGACUCCACCUUCAUCUAAGCCUGCGGGCAAGAAUGUUAGUGCCACGGAGAGCUCUCGCCCUUGUGGUGGGUGUAGAGUCUUUUCCUAGUCCCUGCCCCAGCACAGACGCACAUUCUGGGCAGUCUCUGCCUUGGUAUGGGCAGAGAUUCAUCAGACUGGCAGAAACUCUGCACUGCCCCCACCUCUGGCCAUAGUGGGGGACGUCGCUCCUCUCUGACCACUGAGCGUGCAGCCGUGACCAAAGCAAGAGGACUCCCCGUCCAGGCUCUGGGGAGAAGUACCUAUUAAGGGACGUUCAUCCCAUCUCUGGCAGGAAGGAAGCUCCCUCAGCUAGUCCCAGGGGGUCUUGCCUCCUCUCCCUCUCUCCACUGCCCCUUUCUUCCUUUGGUGAGCCAAGCCUUGAGUGGAAAUCAUGUUCCUCCUUCUUGCUUCAUGUGUGAUCUAGAUCCAAAUCACUUUAUUUUCCUGACUUUCAAUUUCCUCCCUUGUAAAAUGAGACUGAGGGGAUAACCUCAUAGGAUCCUUUUAAACCUUACAAGAACCUGAACUGGGCUGUUUUCUCAAUGUCUCUUCUCUCCCCACCCUGUCCCUGUCUUGGUCUAUUCUCCUCAAAGUAGAGACUGGCUUGAAGAGAAAAUGGGCUGUUAGAGUAGUCUUGAGACGGGAGUAUCCCUUUCUCAGGGCCGAAGUCUCGGGGGCUUGCUGUAUCGAACCCUUAUCCCCACUAGCAAUUACUGGAACCGUGGCUGAGGGCAAGAGGUUGAGCGGGAGAGGCCAUUCUUUGUUAGGGAAUGGACAGUGUCCAGAACAUAUCCUCUUCCCCUUUCCCCUCCCCCCUUCAAAGUGUUUACAGGGAAAAUCCUAGAGCAUUUAUGUAAGAAUGGGUUUUUUAUGGUGAUUGCCCCACUGUUGGGAAUGGCUAUAGCUGCUAUCUGUCUGUAGUAAAGUUGCACGUGCGUUCCAGAUGUCUUUUCACUCUUAGCCACAUCCACUUUUAAGCACUGACUCUUGAAGUGAAGGGGUGUUCCAAGAGAAAUCACAGAGGCACUUGCUGUAUGAAACAUUUUUUAGGAAGUAAUUCCCCACUGUGCCCGUAGAGGGCAAAAUAUUCAGUCCAAAGUUCCCAAUCUAUCUAUUAAGCACCUACUGUAUUCUAUAAAGUGCCGGGCCAGGAAGCCCUAAGUUAAAAUAUGACCUCAGGCACUUAGUAGCUGGGUGACUCUGGGUGAAACACUUAACCCUGUUUGCCUCAGUUUCCUCAUCUGGAAUAGGAAAGGGCAAAUCAUUGCAGUUUCUGUGCCAAGAAAACCCCAAAAGGCUCAGGAAGAAUUGGACAGGGCAGAAUAUGGGAUCACAUAACAAGUACCAAAUCCUAGGGAUGCAAAGGAAAGCCACAAAACAUCCUUACUCUCAACCUUAAGGAGCAUAUCUCUAAAAGGGCAGACAGCUAUGUACAGAAUAAAGUGGGGAUCUGGAGGAAAGGCCUUAAGGAGACUGGGUAAGGCUUCCUUUAGAAGUGGUACCUCGGAGAAAACAAGGAAGGAUUCAGCCCCCUCCCAUGAAUGGACUAGGAGACCGCACCUCCUUUGCGUGGGUAAGGGCACUUUGCCUGGGCUAUUGUAACCAGGCUUCCUUCUCCCUUCUAGUCAAGACAACUUUUUCCCUUGCUCCCCUUCCCCUUGUCUAGGACUCUCUCCCAGAUGCCCUCCAGGAAGAAAAGCCCUGCCCCCUCCUCAUCCUUCACCCUUCUUGUUUUCCACCAAGGUCUCGGAGUCUGUUGCCGGGAAACAAAGGGGCCUCUGAGUUGCUAAGUGCAAACAAAUGUCCUUCAGAAACUGCUCUUUUUGGCUGGGGUUUAGCAGAUUCCCCCUCGAGAAACUAGUGCUCUUACUUCAUAGAAGGGAUGACUCCUUUGGAGAGAAGGAUAAUAAUGACUCACAUUUCUUUUCUUUCUUUUUUUGUAAAUAGUAUUUUAUUUUUUCCCAAUUACAUGUUAAAGAUAGCUUUCAAUAUUCAUUUUUUAUAAGAUUUUGAGUGUAACAUUUUUUCUCCAUCCUUUCUUCCUAUACUCUUCCUAAGAUAGCAAGCAAUCUGAUAUAGUUUAUACAUGUACAAUCGGAUAAACACAUUUCCACAUUAGCCAUGUUGUGAAAGAAACAGAAUAACAGGCAAAAAGCACAACGGCAGCAACAAAAAAGUGAAAAUAGCAUAUUUCAAUCUGCAGUCAGACUUCAUAAUUCUUUCUUUGAAUGUGGAUAGCAUUCUCCAUCAUGAGUCUUUUGAAAUUUGUCUUGGAUUAUUGUAUUGCUGAGAAGAGCUUAAGUCAAUCAUAUUUGAUCAUUGCACAAUUACAGUUUACAUUUCAAUAGCACUAUAGCUCUCUGAACUAUAGCUCUGUGAGGUAGAUUAUGCAAGUAUUUUUAUCUUCAUUUGACAGAUGAGAAAACUUAGAUUCAGUGGGAUACAAAGAGACUUGCUUGUGAACACAUCUGGUAAGCAUGUCAGCCUAAGUAUUUUUAAUAGCAUUUUAUUGUUAAAAAUACAUGCAAAGAUAGUUUUCAAUAUUCACCUUUGCAAAACCUUGUGUUCUAAAUUUUUCUCCUUCCUUCCCCUAGACAGAAAACAAUCCAAUAUAGGUUACAAAUGUGCAAUUCUUCUAAAUGUAUUUCCAUAUUCAUCAUGCUGUGCAAGAAAAAUUAGAUCAAAAGGAGGGGGGGAAGCACAAGAAAAAAAAAAAACAGCAAAUAAAUAACAACAAAGUGAAAAUACCAUGCUGUGCUCCAUUCAGUUUCCAUAGUUCUCUCUCUGGAUGCAGAUGGCUCUUUCCAUCCCAAGUCUAUUGUAACUGCCUUGAAUCACUGCAUUGAUUUUUUUUUUAUUUUUGAUAAUAGCUUUUUAUUCUCAAAAUACAUGUAAAGAUAGUUUUCAACAUUCUCCUUUGCAAAACAUUGUGUUCCAAAUUUUUCUGCCUCCCAUCCCUCCAUUCCCCCCCCAAAUAAUCUAAUAUAGGUUAAACAUGGAAUCACUGCAUUCUUGAGAAGUGCCAAAUCCAUCAUAGUUGAUGAUCACAUAAUCUUCUUCUUGCUGUGUACAAUGUUCUCUUGCAUCUGCCCAUUUCACUUAAUAUCAGCUCAUGUAAGUCAUUCAAGUCAGUCUAAGCAUUUACUCAAACCGAGAAUGGGAAACCUCCUAUGGUGCUUUGUGUCUUGAGUAUUUGAGUUUGUAUCUAGUGGGUGAUCUCUCCCUGUCCUUCCCUAUAGGAAUGGGCACUUUCCUGAGGGCCUUUGAUAUUCCCCAUCCCUCUUAGACCUCCAGCAGUGAUAAAAGGGAUCAGUACCUUGUGAUAUUACAGGGACCUCCAGGUCUAAGGUUUGAGACAAAAGGGAAUACACAGUAUUUAUGGAUUAGGAAAUACACUGGAAGUUACCUAUUUUCUUGGAGGAGCUUCUCUCUUUUCAUCUCUCCUCAUGUAGAUAGAGAAUUCACAAAAAAAGACACUAAUGGUUUGAGUUAGGCUGAGCUCAGUCAUGAGAUCCUUGCUUCCCAUAGAUAUCACUCUAUUUGUGUGCCCUUUACAAUCAAAAGAAAUGAGUUUGACUCCCAAUUCUGCUAUAUAUUAGCUGGGUGACCUUAGGCAUACAAACUCUCCAGAAUUGUUUUCCUAUUUACUAAACAGAAGUGGUAGUAAUCACUGGAGUAGUACAGUUAGGGAGAUUUAUUUUAUUUUAUUUGGGGGAUGAGGAGAGUUUUAAUUUAAAACCAGAUCAAAAUAUCUAGAACUGUACUAUGCUGUUUCCAAUCAGCAUCUAUACUACCUCGGAUUACAAAGCAGAGGUCAGAGAAGAUAUUUUUUCUCCCAGCUUUUUUACCAACCAAAGAAGUGGUAAAACCCCAGAGCAGUCCUUACCCCCAGGAGACACAAGAGCAAGAUGAAACAGAUUAUAUUUGUGAAGGGGAGUAGGGAGAAGCAGUGUGGGAGCAGCAGAGAGGGACAGCCAGUACCCAUCACCAGAGUUAAUCUUAGUCGGCACUUGUUCACACAGGUUGGACAGGUUUGAUACCUCCUGCUUUUCUGAGAUUGCCCAGCCAACACAGGAUUUGAAGAUAGAAAGUAGGGGCAGGGCUAAAUGAUUCCUUGUUUUCACUUUCUGAUUCAGUGAAUGUGGUGGCUGGUUUUUUCCUAGGUUAAUACUCAAAGAGUCACAUCUUAAUUGACUUUACACAGCAGUUAACUUUCCUGUCAAUCCUAGGUAACAGAUUCAUCUGGCUCCCUCACCUGGUGCCACAGGCUGAAUAUAUUUUGGUAUUUUAGAGAGAAAUAAAUGAAAGUAUAAAUA